AUGGACCGACUCGAGACUCGGAUGUGCGAGGAUCCUAGGGCGAUUGUGCUGCGGCGAAUUCGCUUUGCACUCAUUCUUUGGAUGUCGGACGUAGUCACACGGCGCCGUGGAAGCCCCAGAAGUCAGUCACCGUACGUCCUUCUCUGCAAAUCGCUGGCCUCGACGCGAAAAUGUGAAGCCCAAGCUCUUCAAGGUAUAAGGUACAAUGAGCUCGCAUGCCCGACGUGGUGCUCCCGUUCUACAGAAUUCGCACGCACCAUGUAUGCGAUCACGAUCUUUUCAAAUCCGCGAUUUGGGGGAUUUUAUGGAGGGAUGGAGACAUCGGUCCGAUGUUUUUACAGAUACCAACAAGGUGGAGUAGGAUGUUACGGUGAUCAAACACUACACACAACUGGAGAAGUGGCAAUGCGGCGCAGACGGAACAAGGUGCCACGAUGUAGUGUACCAGAUCUCAUACAAGAGUCAAACGGCCGAUCGCAAGACGAUCACAACGUCAUGGUUGUACAUUAA